UUCCCCCCUUCCCUCCUCUCUCCCCGGUCCCUGGCCAGGGUCGGCCCGCCCCGGAAGGGCAAAGAUGGCGGUGAACCAGCACCACAUAGAAGAACUACGCGGCUGCGCCAUCAUCCCGCCAGGCGAGAGUCUUCUGAUGCGCUGUGAAAAUGUGGAACUCUCCUUCUCCAACAUGUCUCAGCCGUCCCCCCUCUUCAAGAACCCCAAGAAGGGGAAGCUGUACCUCACUCCGUACCGGGUGAUCUUUGUGGCCUCUUACCCUACCAAGGACUCCGUCGUGUCCUUCAUGGUUCCCUUCAAUCUCAUGAGGGACUGCUCAGUCGAGCAGCCCACCUUUGGCGCUAACUACUUGAAAGGAAUCAUCUCCGCUGCACCGGAUGGGGGCUGGGAAGGAGAGGCCACCUUCAGACUGACCUUCCGGAGCGGAGGCGCCAUUGAGUUUGGCCGGCUGAUGAUGUUAUGCGCCUCCAAUGCUGCUGAAGGGCUCCCACCACCAGUGACGUUUUUUGGCUUCAGCCCCGAGGCCAGCAUUUUCUUUGCCGCGAACCUACCAAGGGUCCCGUUGGGCGCCACCCAGCUCAUCUAUGUGAUGCCCAACAACUCCCCCUACAUGCCAACCCCCCCAGGGUAUCAGAUGGCCACUACCUCAGCCGCUGGGGUUGGGAUUCCUCUCCCUGGAUUUGGACCCCCUCCCCCUGGGUACGGACCACCUCCCCAUGGCCUUAUCCCCCCUCCUCCUGGAUAUGUCCCUGGAUACGUGCACCUUCCCGCUGGAUAUGGAGCCCCUCUCCUGAAUACAGAGCCCCGGCACUUUCCAGUGCAGGGCAGCCUCCCGCCCAGGUCACAAACACUGACCCUUCCGGCCCCCAAGCCCCUACCAGCAAAUCAGAACCCAGAAACUCAGGUAAGAGAAAGGCAUUUAGACAGAUGGGCCCAAAGGCUUGUCUAGCCGAAGCGGGGUUGUGCGUGGGAAAGGAGAGCCUGACCACGGGGAAGGGGGCCUUGUAAGCCUGGGACUAGGCUU